AUGGUCGGCCCUCCCAACAAGCGACAAAAACGCGAAGAGUAUAAAAAGAGCCAACAAGGGGGCUUAGCAACAGGCUCUGGAACCGAGCAGCAGAUCAAACUCCCAAAGAAAAAGUUCUACCGGCAACGAGCCCACGCGAACCCGUUCUCGGACCAUGCGCUGGCGUACCCCGCGAGUCCCGCCGAAAUGGACUGGACGAGACACUUUCCGGCGUUUGUGAGGAAUGCCAGUCAGAGCCAGAGCCAGAGUCAAACUCAGAGUGAAAUCGGGACACCACGACCGCCCAUGACGCGGGACGUCGAGAUCGCGGAUAUCGGAUGUGGGUUUGGCGGGCUGCUCGUCGCCCUGGCGCCGCUCUUUCCGGAGACUUUGAUGCUCGCAGGCAUGGAACUACGCAUCCAAGUGACAAACUACGUGAUUGAUCGGAUCGCGGCGCUUCGGGCGCAGAACUCGGGCGCCCAGAAUCAGAACUCAGGCCUCUACCAAAACAUUUCCGUGAUACGGACCAACAGCAUGAAGUUCCUGCCCAACUACUUCACGCGCGGCCAACUGGCCAAGAUCUUCCUCUGCUUCCCGGACCCGCACUUCAAGCAGCGCAAACAUAAAGCGCGGAUCGUCUCGGCCCAGUUGAAUGCCGAGUACGCCUACGUGACGAGGCCGGGCGGGUUGGUCUACACGAUCACGGACGUCGAGGAGCUGCACGGGUGGAUGACGAGGCACUUUGACGGCGAGGAGGCCGGGGAGGGCAGGGAAUUGUGGGAGCGCGUGGCACAGGAGGAGCUCGAGCGAGAUCCGUGCGUCAGGAUCAUGAGUGAGGAGACGGAGGAGAGCAAGAAAGUCACGAGGAAUGGGGGGAGGAAGUUCGUCGCUGUGUUUCGGAGGAAGGAGGAUCCCGAGUGGCCUGGCUGA